AUGAGUGAAGAGCAGGAGAAGCCAGUAGAAGAAAAUAAUGAGACUAAUGAACCUCAGAAAGCUUCGGAAACUGGUGAAACUCAUGACGAAAAAGAAAAUAAUGAAUCAAAUGAGCUUAAAACGCCAACUCAAACACCAUCAGGUAAAAAGAGGCCAAAAUCAUCGCGUAAGAAAACACCUGGAACGGCGAAAAGGAGAACUGAUGUUGAUAUCGAAGCAGAACUGAAGGCUAUUCAGGAUAAUGAAGGUAUAACGGGUCGUGCUGAAAUAGUUCGCUAUUAUUGUGGACAUCAUCCAGAUGUUAGCAUCUCAGCACUUCCCCAAUGGAAGAUUAAGCCUACAGGUAGUAUUACAUCUGUUAAAAUCAAACUUUUCUUCAACAAACGCCAUCAAAAGCUAUUCUUCUUCUCCGGAAUACCUCAACAUGAAUGGAUUGCAACGAGAACGAACGUCGAUCAAUACAAUGAAGUGAUGAUUGAUGAGCACACAACAACAAAAGAUGUUGUUAUCAAGUUUACUUCUACGAAGAGCCAAGUAUUCGGAAUAUUCGCAACCAUAGGAAAUCCAGUUGAUUUUGGAUGGGCUAUUCCUGAAAAAGGCUCGUUCGAAGUCGAAACAAGAAAAGUUAUCGAAGAAUUCUCAAAUCAUGUCAUUAUAACAGAAAAGCCAUGGCAUUUAGCCAAAACUCAUUACAGAAGCGUUACGGGAAAUAGGCCAGGACUCUUCAGUUGCAAGCAAUAUCUAAUUCAUUGUCAUCAACCAGGUAUUAUCUGCCUGGAAGUACUUAACAAGUCGAACAGAAAUAAAAUGUUAGAAGAUGCUAUCCAAGGCGCGUUAAUUAAGAAAGAAGAUAGCGAUUUUGCAACAGAAAGAAAUUAUUUAAACAAGGCCGAACUUCAACUCAUUCUACAAGAAGGUGGUGAUCGUAUUCAUCACGCUGGUACAGCAAAUUACGUUAUUUAUCGUACUUUAUAUGAUCACGAUUUAUUCUACUUUAACGCUAUUGAAGGCGAUUAUGUAAUCUGCCCAAGCGUUCCAGAAGGCAUCACUCCUGAUGAAUUGAGCAUUACUCUUCACUCAGAUGUCCGCGCAAGAGCAGGUCCAUUAGAUUUAGUCUUCCCACAGAAUUUACAGUUCAAUUAUGACCUUGACGAUGCUCAACAGUUCACUGCCUUUGCUACAGAAGGAACUGACGCAAGAGUUUACCUUACAUUUCGACCUGAUUGCUGGGCCGUUCUUUACAUCCGUUGGGAGACGGAAACUUCAUCACGGUUUGAAUAUGUUAUAUCUGGUGAACCUAUCAGAACUGAUAAUCCAGAAUAUUACUUAGAUUUACCAGCUGGAAAGGUUCUAACUUUGACAAUUGCCACUAAGAACGGUGGAAGCAAGAUUGGAUUGUAUUCUCUUAUGAUCUCAAGUCGUAACAAGCUUACUGUGCAGGCUAUGGACGCCAAAAUUAACAUUACUGAUAUUGGUAAAGUUCACUUAGAUCUUCCUGAUGAAUCUGAGAAGAUUGCAGAGGAAGAAGAGGAUGCUAACGAUCCUACUGAGAAAAAAUCAAAAACAUGUCUUAUUAUAUAA